AUGGCGCUGCUAAAGAAGAUUGAGCGAGAGACAUGGAGAGAGAGUGGCAUCUCUCUGAUUGCCACUGUCACGCGUCUAAUGGAGAGGCUGCUGGACUACAGGGACUGCAUGAAGCUGGGCGAGGUGGACGGCAAGAAGAUAGGCUGCACCGUCAGCCUCCUGAACUUCUACAAGACGGAGCUGAACAAGGAGGAGAUGUACAUCCGCUACAUCCACAAGCUGUACGACUUGCACCUCAAAGCACAGAACUAUACCGAGGCCUCGUACACGCUCCUGCUGUACGACGAGCUGCUGGAGUGGUCGGACCGCCCGCUCCGGGAGUUCCUCAACUACCCCAUGCAGAGCGAGUGGCAGCGCAAGGAGUGCCUACACCUCACCAUCGUCCAGAACUUCGACCGGGGAAAGUGUUGGGAGAAUGGGAUUAUCUUGUGUCGAGAGCUGGCCGACCAAUAUGAGUCCUUCUAUGACUACAGGAACUUGAGCAAGAUGAGAAUGAUGGAAGCGUCCCUCUACGACAAAAUCAUGGACCAGCAAAGGCUAGAACCUGAAUUCUUCCGAGUGGGUUUCUAUGGAAAGAAGUUCCCCUUCUUCCUACGGAACAAGGAGUUUGUGUGCCGUGGCCAUGACUACGAGCGGCUGGAGGCCUUUCAGCAGCGGAUGCUCAACGAAUUCCCCUACGCCAUCGCCAUGCAGCACGUGAACCAGCCCGACCAAACCAUCUACCAGGCAGAGGCCCAGUACCUGCAGAUCUAUGCCGUGACCCCGAUCCCGGAGAGCCAGGACGUGCUGCAGCGGGACGGCGUGCCCGACAACAUCAAGAGCUUCUACAAGUUCAACCACAUCUGGCGCUUCCGCUACGACCGGCCGUUCCACAAAGGCACCAAGGACAAGGAGAACGAGUUCAAGAGCUUAUGGGUGGAGAGAACGACACUCACUCUGGUGCAGAGUCUACCCGGCAUCUCAAGGUGGUUCGAGGUGGACAAAAGAGAGUUGGUGGAGGUGAGCCCGCUGGAGAACGCCAUCGAGGUGAUCGAGAACAAGAACCUGCAGCUGCGGACGCUGAUCAGCCAGUGUCAGAGCCGGCAGAUGCAGAACGUCAACCCCCUGACCAUGUGCCUCAACGGGGUGGUGGACGCCGCCGUCAACGGGGGUCUGGCCCGCUACCAGGAGGCCUUCUUCGUGAAGGACUACGUGAUGAACCACCCAGAGGACGGGGACAAGAUCACCCGCCUGAGGGAGCUCAUGUUCGAACAGGUCAGCGCACAUCCUGAGUACGGGCUGGCCGUGCACGAGAAGUACGUCCCUCAGGAUAUGAGGCCUCUGCAUAAGAAGCUGGUGGACCAGUUCCACCUCAUGAAGUCCAGUCCACCCCUCCAGGAGUUUCCGGCGUACGUGCGCGCCAGUCCCGUGCACUUCACCAACGGAAGCCCGCGCACGUGCAGGAACUCGGUGCCCAACAUCAUCAGUCCAGAGGGAGGCAGGGGGGUGGCCCGACGCAGUCCCCUCAGCUACCCGGCAGCGAACCGCUACUCGUCUUCGUCGCUGUCGUCCCCCUCCAACGAAGUCAGCAACAUCACGGGCCAAUCAGAGAGCUCAGACGAGGUCUUCAACAUGCAGCUAGAUAAGGUCAAAGAGGGCAUGCAUCCUUUCCAAUGCCCCCCCGUCCCUCCUAGAGGCUUACUGACAGGCUCCUCUGUGAAGAACAUGAGGUCACAGUCGCCCGUCCUCACGUCCAGAUCCCCUCAGAAGAACACCCUGCCGCCCUUCACGCCCUCCCCGACCGAGUGCCCGUCGGCGGGGCUGGUCUCCGCCUCGCCCGUCCUCUCCGGCAGCUACAGCAGCGGCAUCUCCUCGCUGAGCCGCUGCAGCGUGUCCGACGCCUCGGCCACCGAGUACGGCACCCUGGGCGCCGACCACGGCCCCGCCUCCGCCGCCGCGCUGGCCCUGCCCCUCGGCGUGCCCAACUCCGCCUCCGAGGAGCCGGUGCGGCGGGAGAACAAGACGCCGCCGCCGUACAGCGUGUACGAGCGCAACAACCCGUGCCGCCGCCCCGUGCCGCUGCCGCACAGUCUGUCGGUGCCGCCGGCCGCCCAGUCUUCGUUGUGCUCCUCGUCUUCGUCGCAGGCGGACCCCCCGGCGCUGCCGCCGAAGCCCCACCAGCUGCGCACCAGCAGCAUGAAGCUGGACUCUUCGGCGUCGCUGUCCUCCGACCCCCGCGUGACCCGACCCCGCCCGCUGCCCCGCAAGGUGUCCCAGCUAUAGGUGCUGAUUCCUGGGUGGAAACCACGGUGGUGGUGGUGGUGGUGGUGGUGGUAAAGGUGGUGGUGUUGGUGGUGUGGUGGGAAAGAUGAAGACACAAAAUGAAAAUGAGGAGAAAACACACAAAAAAAAACACUGGCGCGUUUUGCACUUUUGUACCUGGGCACUCUGUUUUUGUUUUUUUUUCUUUUUCUGAAACUCUUUUGGUUUAACAGUCCUGACCCGUAAUAGACCAUUUCAAGAAGAUGCGCAGAUUAACCGGCAGGAGAGAGACGGAGAGAGUGAGAGAGAGAGAGAGAGAGAGAGAGAGAGAGAGAGAGAGAGAGAGAGAGAGAGAGAGAGAGAGAGAGAGAGAGAGAGAGAGAGCAGGGGGGAGGUUGUUAAACUGUGGCACUUUCCGUCUCUUUUUCUGUCCGUGCAAGACACACAAAGACAAGGGCAUCGCAUACACGUCGUCAUUCCGUACUUUUAGAUUUAGCUCUCUUUGUAGGCACCGAGGUAAACCAUGCCCAUAUCUUCAACGGGAACGUUCAACAAAAUCCUUUUUUGAUAGAUGUAAUUAUCCGAAUAUAUGUAUAUUGGCAUACAUAACAAGUGUUUUUUGCCUUAAGUAUCGGAAACAAAAUCUUUUAUCCGUGUCUUGCACGUUUUUAAGUACUCUGUACUUUUGUAUACUUGUAUUGGCUACACAAGGUGCUAGGUGUGUACGCAUUUCAGCUUAGAGUAGAGGAAUCGGGUGUGAUUUACUGUAGUUGUGUACACACAGGCGGGCAAAACGCACCCUUCAAGGAAAUGCAUUCGCUGAUGUGUAUGGGUUGAAGAGGAUGAAGGAAUCACCUCACCCCCCCACCUACAAAUUGAUAUUGAUGAUAUUGUUUGAAACACGCCCCCACAAAUACAUUCAUCUUAAGAUGGCGGCAGACCAAGGUUAUGAUGAUGAACUACAAAAUGAAUGUCUUAAUAUGGCAGAUUAGGUCACUCUAAGAACAUGCUGCUGUGUACAUUGCACAGCGAGAUAACAUAACAUUGUGGUUUGACUGCCUCCAAACGUACUUACUAGCGAUGCUGAAUAGAAAGAAUUGUAAAGUAGUAACGCAGUAAAUACAUUUGAAUAGACAAUGGUACAGGAUGUACAAUUUACAUGUGCAUUAUGUACAGUUACAAUAAGCGAAUUUACAAUGUGUACAAUGUACAUGUACAAUAUACCGUUAUCUGACUGCAACCCAGUUACUUGACUGAUAUUGUAUUCUCUAUUAAACAAAUAUAUUGAAACUCAAUAUUACUUGCAGUGCAUUUGGACGAGCAUUUUAUUUGAUCAAAUCUAAUCAUACAUCAAACCAUUCUAGAAGUGUUAUAUUUAUUUAAACAAAUCCCAACCCCAAAGUGCUUGCCAUUUAUUUUCAAUCGUGAACGCUGAUGAUAAACGCACUUCGUAAAUUAGCGCGUCCGAUAUUAUUGGUUCAUUUGGGCGUCGAUUGUCACGGCUGUAACAGAGAACGCACACCUUCCCCUGCAUGUGUUGUAGAUUCACACAACGAGAGAUCUGUAGAGGGUUUGCAGAGUAUUGUGCCAAAGUAUAUUGUUCAGUAUGCUGUACAAAACAAUGAAACUUUAACUGAAAUCGAGGUGGAGGUGUAGGCUAAGCGAGAGUGACAGAAUUCACAGAAUUAAAAACGUUUUUUUGGGUCAAGAUGACUGCACCACAAUAUUAAGUCAAGUCUUCUAAUCAGCGACGACUUUAGACGAGCACAAUUUAAUUUUUCUAUUAAUUGUUAGUACAUUUCUACUUAUAGAGUCACUGAGGGGGUUUUGACACGGCAGUGAUUAUGAGAGAAACAUAAUUUAAUCUCAAACUGCCAUUUGCUGUCUAAAAUGACUUUAGUGUUUGUUUUGCAUUGAAACAUGCAAAACCACUUUAGUGGCGGCAAACUUUGUCAAACCAACCGUUGUAUAGAGGAAUAUUUGUACAGAGGACAUCAAAUGUUUCUGUUUAUUUUCAAGAUGGAUGUCGAUUUAGUGGGGUGGAAACGGUCACCCCAGUCGGAUCACCCAAGGGUGAUGUGAAGGUUAAUUAUGUUUUGAGGGGAGGUACUGACACUUUUUUUAAAACUCUGGUAUUGCUUGUAUGUUCCACUUGUUGAUGAAUAAUUCCCCCUUCUUGAUUUCUUGUGAAUUUUUGUUAUUAAAUAUUCACAUUAAUCAGUACAUGAGAAAUUGUAAAUUAUACGAUGAGAUUGUUGUAAGUAUGCCAAAUAUAGUACUUUUGUGUAUUACUAUUACUGUAAAUAAUGUGUUUUUAACAAAAAUGUAGCUAUAACAAUUUACAGCUUUGAAUGUUGGAAAAGCAAAUUAUUAUUAUUAUUAUUAUAAAUGUUUCAAAUUUUAUGUUUUUGUGAGCGUAGAAAAAAAUGAAGGCCAUGCAUUCCGACACCUAAUCCAUUUACCAGUUCAAUAAACUGCCCAUGUAAUAAAACAAGCUUGAUCAAUA